AUGGAGGUGUUCAGUCCCUCCAACUCAUCCACCGCAGCAGCGGUGACGUUCAUCACUUUCGUGCAGGACCUCAAACGCAAGACCAAGACAUGGGGUCCCAUGAUAGAACUUUGCGCAAACGGAGAGAAGACACUCGAACGCUUUCGAUUCCAGUUCCCAGAUGACUGGCUCUACAGCGACCAGCUUCGCGGGGAAUGGAGUGCUUAUAAUGAAAUACUGAAGAGGAAGAGCGACUCUAUUCAAGAGCAAUUGGCGGGUUUGCAGCUGAAGAUUGUUGCAGAAGAUAAGAUCGUGGAAAACAAGAUCAGCGAUAUCCUUACAGAAUGGGAACAGACGCGACCCGUACAAGGGAGCAUGCGCGCUGAUACAGCACUGAACACGAUCAACGUAUUCGAGGGGAAGCUGAACCGUGUUCAGGAAGAGUAUGAUCUCGUAUGCCGAGCGAAGGAGGCCUUGGACCUCGAAUUGACGCGUCAUACCCGACUGGAACCCGUUUUCGAGGAGUUGCGUGGCCUCAAAGCGGUCUGGACCGCUCUUUCUGGUGUCUGGAACCAAAUCGGAGAACUCAGGGAGAUGUCGUGGUCCACUGUGCAGCCUAGAAAGUUAAGACAGCAGCUCGACGGAUUACUUUCUUCCACCAAGGACAUGCCCACGCGUAUGAGGCAGUAUGCCGCGUUUGAGUACAUACAGGACGUUCUCCGCGGUCUCUUGAAAUCAAACCCAAUUAUAUCCGACCUCAAGUCCGAGGCUCUCAAGGAUAGGCACUGGAAACAAUUGUUCAAAGUCCUCAGAGUGCCCGCGCAGAUCAGUCUUCCAGUGAUGACCCUAGGGCAUGUCUACGAUUUAGAUCUCAAGAAGAACGAGAAUCCUAUUCGCGAAGUCAUUGUCCAGGCGCAAGGAGAGAUGGCGUUAGAGGAGUAUAUCAAACAAGUCAAGGAGACCUGGACCAACUAUACCCUAGACCUGGUUAAUUAUCAGAACAAGUGCAGACUAAUCAGGGGAUGGGACGAUCUCUUUAGCAAGUGCAGCGAGAACCUCAAUUCAUUGACUGCAAUGAAGCUGUCACCCUACUACAAAGUGUUUGAGGAAGAAGCUGGCUCGUGGGAGGAGAAACUCAAUAGGAUCCAUGUGUUGUUUGAUGUCUGGAUCGACGUGCAACGUCAAUGGGUCUAUCUCGAGGGUAUAUUCUCCGGCAGCGCCGACAUUAAGCACCUUUUGCCAGUGGAAAGCGCCCGAUUCCAGAACAUUAAUGCGGAAUUCCUCACUGUCAUGAAGAAAGUGUACAAGUCUCCCUUCGUCAUCGACGUCAUGAAUAUCCAGGGUAUCCAGAAGAGUCUGGAGCGAUUGGCGGACCUUUUGAACAAGAUCCAGAAAGCUCUCGGUGAAUACUUGGAACGCGAACGUUCCUCCUUCCCUCGUUUCUACUUUGUUGGUGACGAAGAUUUGCUGGAGAUCAUCGGGAACAGUAAAGAUAUCCUGCGUAUCAUGAAACAUCUGAAGAAGAUGUUUGCGGGCAUUUCAACCAUCAAGCUGGACGACGACCUGACGGAAAUCCAAGGGAUGGCGUCACGCGAAGGCGAAGAAGUGACGUUUAGCGAGCCUAUUUUAUUAAAAGAUUAUCCGAAGAUCAAUGAUUGGCUUGCACGCCUUGAAUCUAUGAUGCGGCUUUCGCUUGCGAACCUGCUCUGUAAUGCUGUCGCUGAUUUGCAGUCCUUCUAUGGGACCGGAUCUUCUCUCGAUCGAGACCAGUUGAUGUACUGGAUGGAGAAGUACCCUGCACAGCUUGUCACCCUCGCCAUUCAGGUCGCGUGGACCACGUCAGUGGAGGCCACACUUGAUUCGGGGAUACUUCCUGAGGAGCCUUUGGACACCAUUGGUCAAGCUCUGGACCUCUUGGCUGAUGUCGUCUUGCAGGAGUUGAAGCCGGUGACACGUCGCAAAUGCGAGCAUCUGAUCACGGAACUUGUCCAUCAACGUGAUGUUACCCGUACCCUCAUCCAGCAACGAGUAGCGGACACCAAAGCUUUCACGUGGUUGUCCCAGAUGCGGUUCUACCUAGAGCGAUUGACGGAGAAUUUCUUGGACCGUCUUGUGAUUCGAGUUGCGGACGCCACCUUCCCCUACGGCUGGGAAUACCUUGGUGUACCCGAUCGUCUUGUCCAAACUCCUCUCACCGACAGAGUGUAUCUUACCCUCACACAAGCACUGGAUAAUCAACUUGGAGGCUCUCCAUUUGGUCCGGCGGGAACAGGCAAGACAGAGUCGGUCAAGGCUCUUGGUGUUCAACUCGGUCGUUUUGUGUUGGUAUUCUGCUGCGACGAGACCUUUGACUUCCAAGCCAUGGGCCGCAUUUUUGUCGGUCUCUGCCAAGUUGGGGCAUGGGGAUGCUUUGAUGAGUUCAACCGACUUGAAGAACGCAUUCUCUCUGCGGUUUCCCAACAGGUACAGAGUAUCCAACAAGGCUUAGUUGCUCUAGCGAAGAAUCCGAACAUUGAGAUCGAGCUGGUUGGAAAAACACUAAAGAUUAACAAGAACAUUGGUAUUUUCAUCACUACUAAUCCCAACUAUGCUGGGCGGUCUACACUACCCCCCAAUUUGACAAAGCUGUUCCGCCCGAUGGCGAUGACGAGACCCGACCGUGAGCUGAUUGCCCAGGUCAUGCUAUUCUCUCAAGGUUUCCGCACGGCGGAGUCACUGGCUUCCAAGAUCGUUCCGUUCUUCAACCUCUGCGAUGAGCAACUGUCUCCUCAACCGCAUUAUGACUUUGGUCUCCGUGCGCUGAAAGCGGUUCUAGCUAGUGCCGGUAUUCUCAAGCGCGAACGCCUUCAAAAUACUAAAUUGCAAGACGACGCUGGUGGCCUCUCUGACACCGUGUCUGAGCAGAUUAUCCUUAUUCAGAGUGUCACAGAGACCAUAGUGCCUAAGUUAGUUGCCGAUGAUGUGCCUCUGUUGACCAGCCUCUUGGCUGAUGUCUUUCCCGGCACCGACUACGUUCCCGUCGAUUUGGAUGCAUUACGCGAACAGAUUAUCCAGGUUUGCAACGAGCGCCGCCUGGUCCCCGGCGAGAAAUGGGUGGCCAAGAUCCUGCAACUAUACCAGAUUCAGAAGAUCCAGCAUGGUCUCAUGAUGGUCGGUCCAUCUGGAACUGGAAAGACUAACGCUUGGCGUGUUUUACUGCAAGCGUUGGAACGACUUGACGGUACGGAAGGUGUCGAAUACGUUAUUGACCCCAAGGCCAUGCACAAGGAUGCCCUCUAUGGCACUCUCGAUCCGACUACUCGGGAGUGGAAUGAUGGUCUAUUCACGCACAUCUUGCGCAAAAUCGUGGAUGAUGUGCGUGGUGAAAGCUCUAAGCGCCACUGGAUCGUCUUCGAUGGUGAUGUCGAUCCUGAGUGGGUUGAGAACUUGAACAGUGUGCUCGAUGACAAUAAGCUUCUUACACUGCCUAACGGUGAACGCCUGAACCUACCACCCAAUGUACGCAUCAUGUUCGAAGUAGAACAUUUGCGAUACGCAACUCUUGCGACCGUCAGUCGUUGUGGUAUGAUAUGGUUCAGCGAAGAUGUGAUAGAGCCUUCGAUGGUCUACAAAAAUUACCUUACCACCCUCUCUUCCAUACCUCUGGACGCCGACGACGAAGAUGCCACAGAUGUACUCGGUCGACGCCCAGAUGCUCUAAGCACAGAAACAUCCGGCGCCGCUCACGUUAUUACUCAAACUCAGGUCGCUUCCAUCCUGGAACGUUACUUCGCGGAUGGCGACCUUGUGAGCUCUGCUCUCGAGUUUGCAGAAUCCAUUGAUCAUAUCAUGGACUUCACGACUACACGUGCGCUACAUACGCUCUUCUCUCUUCUCAACAAGACGGCACGAAACAUCAUUGAAUACAAUAUCCAGCGCCCAGAUUUUCCUCUGGCACCCGAGAAGGUGGAACAGUACGUCACGAAGCGUCUGCUAGUUAGCAUAAUUUGGGCCUUCUCUGGAGAUGCUAAACUAGAUCUGCGCGCGGAGCUGGGAGAUUUCUUGCGUAAGCAAACCGGAACCGACCUUCCUCCCAUGGCUCCUGAGAACUCACUUAUCAACUUCGACGUCCAAAUUGCAACUGGGGACUGGGUUACAUGGCAAUCGAAGGUACCUUCCAUCGAGAUCGACGCACACUCUGUUACGGCAUCGGAUGUUGUCGUCCCUACUGUGGACACAGUCCGCCACGAAGAAGUCCUUUACUCAUGGCUAUCGGAACACAAACCCCUCAUGCUUUGCGGUCCCCCGGGUUCCGGAAAGACGAUGACCCUGUUCAGCGCACUUCGCAAGCUUCCGGAUAUGGAAGUUGUUGGUCUCAACUUCUCUAGUGCAACUACCCCUGAGCUGAUCUUGAAGACCUUCGAACAAUAUUGCGAGUACAGGAAGACUCCCAAUGGUGUGGUCCUCGCACCUGUACAGAUUGGACGUUGGUUGGUCAUAUUCUGUGACGAAAUCAACCUGCCUGCCCAGGACAAGUAUGGCACUCAGCGAGUCAUUUCGUUUUUGCGUCAGUUGGUUGAGUGCGGAGGUUACUGGCGCGCGAGCGAUAAAGCAUGGGUUAAGCUCGAACGAAUCCAAUUCGUUGGUGCAUGCAACCCACCCACAGAUCCUGGCCGUGUCCCUCUCAGUCACCGAUUCCUUCGUCAUGCUCCACUUGUCAUGGUCGAUUAUCCCGGAGAAGUCUCUCUCAAACAGAUUUAUGGCACGUAUAAUCGCGCGCUUCUCAAGGUCAUACCGACGUUACGGGCAUAUUCUGAGCCGCUUACAAAUGCCAUGGUUACCUUCUACUUGGCUUCUCAGAAGCGGUUCACUACGGAUGUCCAGGCCCACUACGUCUACAGUCCUCGUGAACUAACCAGAUGGGUACGUGGUAUCUACGAGGCCAUUCGUCCCCUCGAGAUCCUUUCAGUGGAGGGCCUUGUACGAGUCUGGGCGCAUGAGGCUCUGCGUCUCUUCCAGGAUCGUCUGGUUACGGAAGAGGAGAAACAGUGGACCGACGAACACAUCGACCUCGUCGCCAUGGAGCACUUCCCAACUAUCAACCGUGACGAAGCACUCAACCGCCCGAUUCUGUUCUCGAACUGGACAUCCAAAGAUUACAUCCCUGUGGAUAGAGAGAUUCUCCGCGAGUACACAAAAGCUCGCCUACGUGUGUUCUACGAGGAAGAACUUGAUGUACCUCUGGUCCUCUUCAACGACGUUCUGGAUCAUGUCCUUAGAAUAGACCGUGUCUUCCGUCAAGUGCAGGGACACUUGUUAUUGAUCGGUGUCAGUGGGAGUGGAAAGACGACACUUUCGCGCUUCGUUGCGUGGCUGAAUGGGUUGAGCAUAUUCCAGAUUAAGGUGUCCAACAAAUACACCGGCGAUGACUUUGACGACGACCUGCGGACCGUUCUCAGACGUGCUGGUUGCAAAGGCGAGAAGAUUUGCUUCAUCAUGGACGAAUCCAAUGUGCUUGACUCUGGAUUUUUGGAGCGCAUGAACACUCUUCUAGCCAAUGCCGAAGUUCCUGGGCUGUUCGAGGGCGACGAGCACGCAGCUCUUAUGACUGCUUGCAAGGAGGGAUCGCAAAGGGAUGGCCUUAUGCUAGAUUCUCACGAAGAACUUUAUCGAUGGUUUACCCAGCAAGUAGCGAAGAAUCUGCACGUUGUCUUCACCAUGAACCCGCCGGAGAACGGCCUGGCUUCUCGUGCUGCUACAUCCCCCGCAUUGUUUAACCGUUGCGUACUCGACUGGUUCGGUGACUGGUCUGAUCAGGCGUUCUACCAAGUCGGCAUGGAGUUCACCCGCGCUCUGGACUUGGAUUUGCCAGCCUACUCUGUCCCUGCUCACUUCCCCAUUGCUUACCGGGAGUUGUCUAUGCCUCCUACACACCGCACUGCCAUCGUAAAUGCUCUUGUCUACGUGCACAUGUCCAUGUAUCAGAUCAACCAACGCAUCAGUCGUCGACAAGGUCGGUAUAACUACGUCACACCCCGCCAUUAUCUGGACUUCAUUAAUCACUACGUCAGGCUGUACAAUGAAAAGCGCGACGAGCUUGAAGAGCAGCAGCGGCAUCUCCAUGUUGGUCUGGACAAGCUCAGGGAUACGGUGACUCAAGUGGAAGAGCUGCGCAAGAGUCUUGCCAUCAAGCGUUCCCAGCUUGAGGCUAAAGAUGCUGAGGCGAACGAAAAGCUGAAGCGCAUGGUGGCAGACCAACAGGAGGCCGAGCAGAAGAAGGCUGCCUCCAUUGAGAUUCAAGCUGCUUUGGUAGAACAAGACAAAAAGAUCGCGCAGCGUCGUGCUGUUGUUAUGGCCGACCUUGCAGAUGCAGAGCCUGCCGUCUUGGAGGCACAAUCCGCAGUCAGCAAUAUUAAGAGACAACAUCUACAAGAAGUUAGAACGAUGGCAAACCCACCAGAAGCAGUCAAGCUUGCUAUGGAAUCUGUCUGCACCCUCCUCGGUCAUAAAAUCGAUAGCUGGCGUACAGUCCAGGGCAUUAUUCGCCGGGAUGACUUCAUUCAACGGAUUGUAAACUUCGAUACUACUAACCAGAUGACCAAAGGACUUCGCGAACUCAUCAAGAAAGAAUUCUUGAGCAGACCUUCCUUCAACUUCGAGACCGUCCAGCGCGCCAGUAAGGCAUGUGGCCCUCUCGUCAAGUGGGUGCUGGCGCAAGUACGCUUCUCGGAAAUUCUAGAUAAGGUCGAGCCAUUGCGAAACGAGGUGCAAUCCCUCGAGACACAGGCCGAGACGACGAAGAAGCAAGCAGCCCAGAUAAUCACUAUCGUUUCCGAGCUGGAGUCCAAGAUCGCCAAAUACAAGGAGGAAUACGCCCUGCUUAUCAGCGAGACUCAGGCCAUCAAGUCCGAAAUGGAACGUGUUCAGAGUAAAGUGGACCGUAGCAUGAAGCUUUUGCAGAGCUUGUCAUCUGAGAAGGAAAGAUGGGAGGCUGGUAGCCGUACAUUCGAAGUGGAGAUGAGCACCAUCGUUGGAGAUGUCCUACUGUCAGCAGCCUUUCUCGCGUAUGGUGGCUUCUUCGAUCAACACUACCGGGAAGUUAUGUGGCAAGAUUGGUCGAACCACCUCAUAGACGCCAACGUCAAAUUCAAACACGAACUGUCCUUCACGGAGUAUCUAUCUACUGCUGAUGACCGCCUGAACUGGCAAUCCAAGUCUCUACCCGCGGAUAACCUUACCACCGAGAACGCCAUCAUGUUGAAGCGCUUCGACCGUUAUCCUCUCAUUAUCGAUCCCACCGGCCAGGCUACUACCUUCCUGCUAAACGAAUACAAGGAACGAAAGAUCACAGUCACCAGCUUCUUGGACGAGGCCUUCCUGAAGGUGUUGGAGAGCGCUCUUCGGUUUGGAAACCCGCUUUUGAUCCAAGAUGUCGAACAUCUAGAUCCUAUUCUCAACGCAGUGUUAAACAGAGAAAUCCGCAGAACUGGAGGACGUGUCUUGAUCCGCAUCGGGAACCAGGACAUCGACUUCUCUCCCGCGUUUACUAUGUUCCUCUCUACUCGUGAUCCUUCGGUGGAAUUCUCUCCCGAUAUUUGCAGCAGAGUCACUUUCGUGAACUUUACGAUGACAAGGAGCAGCCUUCAGAGCCAAUCGUUGGACCAAGUCCUGAAAGUUGAACGUCCGGAUACUGAACGCAAAAGAACGGACCUGAUGAAAGCUCAGGGCGAAUUUCGUCUUCGCCUGAGAACUCUAGAAAAGCUGCUUCUCCAAGCCUUGAACGAGUCCACAGGCAAUAUUCUCGACGACGACAAGGUCAUCAGCACCUUGGAGACGCUAAAAAGGGAAGCUGCGGAAAUUACUUACAAAGUGGAAGAAACAGACAUCAUCAUGAGGGAGGUAGAACAAGUUACGGCGGAGUAUCUUCCAUUAGCGCAAGCUUGCAGCUCUGUGUUCUUCAUCCUAGAGCAACUCAACUCGGUCAAUCAUUUCUACCAGUUUUCCUUGCAGUUCUUCCUUGAUAUAUUCGACUACGUGCUUCACCACAACCCCAACCUCAGGAACGUCUCCGAUUACAACCGACGACGAGACAUCCUUCUCAAUGAUCUCUUCCUGGUCGUAUACAAACGCACAUCGAGGGCAUUGCUCCAUCGAGAUCACAUUAUGCUUGCUGUACUCCUAGCUCAAGUCAAGCUACGCGGGACCGAGGACAUUAGUGAGGAACUUGAAUUCCUGCUGGAAAGUGGUCAGGGAAGAGCUGCUGCGCCAACCAGUUCUUUCAAUGGACAAAGUACGACUGCUGUGCUCUCCCCCGACCAAAUAACAAACCUCGAAACCUGCGCGAAACAUAGCUUGUUCAGACCCGUUUCAAGUCACAUCUCUGAGAAUCCGGACGACUGGCUUCCGUUUUUGCAGUCCUCCAAUCCUGAAUCAGUGGUUCCUCUCCCUUGGGAGCCAAGUACGCCCGCCGUUGAAGCCCUACGGUCUAUGCUUGUUAUCAAAUGCCUUCGUCCAGACCGCUUGCUACAGUCUACAGCGCUGUUCGUAAGGACCGUGUUUCAGAACGAGCUAUCUACCGAAUUGGAUCUGGGGGCUAUGGUUGCAAAUGAAGUUCCUUCGACUACACCUCUGGCUCUCGUUUCUGUAACCGGUUACGACGCCAGCUACCGCGUGGAAAACCUCAUACAAACCGUCGGCGCGCGGUCGUCGUCUGUCGCCAUGGGUUCACAAGAAGGUUUCACCCUAGCGGACCAAGCAAUAGCCGCAGCGUCCCGCCAAGGGACUUGGGUUCUCCUUAAAAACGUCCACCUGGCUCCGACGUGGUUGGGUCAACUGGAGAAAAGGCUGCACACUCUCAAUCCCCAUCGUAACUUCCGCCUGUUCCUGACUAUGGAAGCCAAUCCAGCGAUACCUGUCAACAUUCUGCGCCAGUCUCGGAUAAUCAUGAACGAGCCACCACCAGGAAUUAAAGCUAAUCUCCUUGACUCCCUUCGUUCCAUUGCACCGCAACGUCACUCCCAGGGCCCUGCUGAAAAGGUCCGCCUUUACUUCCUCUUGGCCUGGUUCCAUGCUGUCGUACAAGAGCGUCUGCGCUACGUACCACUGGGUUGGAGCAAGAUUUACGACUUCAAUGAUUCCGACAUGUCGUCUGCGUUUGCAACUAUCGAUACUUGGCUUAACAGGGUUGCCAAAGGCAGAACCAACGUUGAUCCUGCGACAAUACCAUGGGAUGCUCUCAGAACCCUUAUCAAGCAAUCGGUUUACGGAGGUCGAGUCGACAGUGACUUCGACCAGCGAAUCUUGGAUGCUUUUGUUGACAAACUCUUCACUCCGGCUGCAUACAACGUCGAUUUCAACUUGGUGCCAAGUGUCAAUGGAGGACAAGUUCUCGAAGCCCCCGAAGGCACAAAAUUGGAGCAUUUCUUAUCAUGGGUACAUGGCUUACCAGAUCGUGAACCGCCUUCAUGGUUGAGUUUGCCACCGACAGCUGAGCGAGUCAUUGCAGUGGUGCAAGGAAAUGAGCUCCUGGGCAAACUGCGCAAGAUGCGAACGCUAGCGGACGACGACGACGAGAUCUCGACUUCUGGUCCCUACAAGAGUCAGACGUCUCAACAGCCUGCUUGGAUGCGUAACCUGCACGAAAGGUGCCGCGAAUGGCUUACGCAAUUACCACAGUCAAUCAACACGCUACGCAGGCAGGCUGGUGACAACACAGAUCCGCUAUACCGUUUGUUCUCCCGCGAAGGUGCUAUUGGCCACAAGCUUCUAGACCAAGUUCGCAAGGACCUCGCAGAUGUGGUCAAAGUGUGCGAAGGUACCAUACCCACGCAUUGGAAACGGUACAAAGUUCCGAAAGCCAUGUCUGUAUCUGAGUGGAUUCCGGAUUUGGCUCGCCGUCUGGCUCAGUUAGACGGAAUAACAGCAAUGCAGCCAUCUUUGUCCGAUGUUGAGGUUUGGCUCGGAGGACUGUUCUUCCCUGAAGCAUACAUCACUGCGACGCGGCAAGCAGUAGCACACCGCAAACGAUGGAGUCUUGAGACCCUGCAUCUUAGACUAGACAUUGGUCAGAUGAAUGAUCCAGAAGCUUUUAUUGUCGAUGGUUUGAUCCUCGAAGGUGCUGGCUGGGACGCUGAAGUUGGCAAGUUGGUCCUCAACGACGGCGAAGCAGUUCACUUGGAAGCAUCCCAAAUUCGAUGGGUGCAGGAUGACGAGGAUAUGCACGACGAGAACUUGGUGACACUUCCCGUCUACCUGAACAGCGACCGGAGUGAUGUCAUGUUCACCGUAGACCUUCCCUUUGAGGACAGCUCAGCGUCACUGGUGGCCAUGAGAGCUGUUUGUCUAAAUGCACGAGGAUAG